GUUAGAAUAAUAUAUGUUGUUGUGUAUGUUCUCUUACAGCAAAACCCACCUAAAAUCUUAAUUCCUCCAUAUCCACAAAACCUCAAAACCUCAAAGCUCAAACCUUUGAUUGACAACACAACACAACUCAUCCCAUUCCCAAAUCAUGCAAAUCCUUCCUAACCCUAAUCCUUACUUCUACCCUCUUCCAUUUCCCACCUCUGCAACUACUUCCUCUUCCCUCACUUCCCGCGCUUCCAAUUUCUUCUCCGCCAACCUCACAAUCUCAUACCCUAAUUCCCCUUCUUCACAUCGACGGAACCCUCCCCCAAUUUCUUCUGCUGUCAGGUCCAGCAGAACCGACUACUACUCCACUCUCCAGGUCACUAAGGAUGCUUCCUUGCAGGAGAUCAAGGCCUCUUAUCGGAAACUCGCUCGUCAGUACCAUCCUGAUGUGAGUAAGAGCCCUGGAGCUGAGGAGAAGUUCAAGGAGAUAAGUGCUGCUUAUGAGGUUCUAUCAGAUGACGAGAAAAGGUCUAUGUAUGAUCGCUUUGGCGAGGAAGGUUUACAAGGAGUGUCAGAUGGUUCAUCCGGUUCAUCAGGGGUGGAUCCUUUUGAUGUUUUCGAUACAUUUUUUGGAGGAUCAGAAGGGUUUUUUGCAGGCAUGGGCGAAGAAGGAGGUUUCAAUUUUAAUUCGAGAAGCAAGAAGAAUCAGGGUCUUGACAUUCGACAUGACCUGCAUUUGAGCUUCGAGGAAUCCAUUUUUGGCGGACGGCGAGAAAUUGAAAUUUCUUGCUUUGAGGCAUGCAAUGGUUGUGAUGGAACAGGAGCGAAAUCUAGUGAUGACAUAAAAUCUUGUAGCACUUGUGGAGGAAGAGGAGGAGUGAUUAAAACUCAAAAAACACCGUUUGGAAUAAUGUCGCAGGUUUCCACAUGUGGAACUUGUGGUGGAGAUGGCAAGAUAAUCACUGAUUAUUGUCGAAUAUGUGGUGGUAACGGUCGAGUACAAUCUAAACGUACAAUGGAUUUGGUGAUCCCAGCUGGUGUUAGUGAUGGAGCCACAAUGCAAAUGCAGGGGGAAGGUAACUUUGAUAGUAAAAGGGGCAUAGCAGGUAACCUCUAUAUAGUACUCCAUGUAAAUUCAAAACAAGGAAUUAAAAGGGAAGGACUCCAUCUGUACUCAAAGAUCAAUUUGCAUUAUACCGAAGCCAUACUAGGGACUACUCUAAAGGUUGAAACUGUUGAGGGAAUGAGAGAUCUUCAUAUUCCUUCUGGGACUCAACCUGGAGAAACCGUCAAGUUAUCACGCUUAGGAGUUCCCGAUAUCAAUAGACCUUCUGUACGAGGAGAUCAUUACUUUGCUGUAAAUGUUCAGAUACCAAAACAAAUAAGUGACUCGGAACGUCCACUCCUUGAACAAUUGGCUUCCUUUCAGAAAUCUAGCAAAGGCUUUUCUUAUUCCUCUGAAAGCAAAGGGACGACUGAGGAGAGAUUUUCGAAGGACAAAGUUAGAGGCAAAGAGGGAUCCCGUUCAAAACAGGAGACAAAGCGUGUUUCAUCUUUGUGGGAGUUGAUCAAGGGGUUCAUGGGAAGUAGGAACUCUAGUGAAAGAUUUGCAACGGUGAGCAUGGACACAUCAGCAUUACCAUGGAGAUCGACGAUGUCAGGUUCCCCAUUCAUGGUUUCAGUAUUUAUAGCUUUCAUUUUAACAUAUACUUUUACCUUGUUGGGAAAGACAUUUUUCCCGAAAGUACUUCAUAGGAAAUAUCCUCAUUCUCGUAGAACGCUGAAGUAAUGAGGAUGAUAAACAUUUUUUUUUUAAGUACAACACAUAAUUGUGGGGCACAAGAGUAUUAUUUGUGCCUCUCCUGUUGACACAGCCAACAGAAUAUUUUGUAUUUUUUUUUUUGUACUGAAUUAUUUGCAUUUUAUAGUUAAAAAAAGAAAUGUUUCAAGGUGUCUUUGUGGACAAGAUUGGUGCUGUUCAUCCUUUUCUUUCUCAUCAUCCAGUUAUAAGAGACCUCCAGUUUCUUGAGGUUGUAUAUUAGAAGUAUAGAAACCAUGAAUGGCUUGUGAAUCAUAAAUGUUGAAUGAAUCAAAGUAUUGGGCACCGUUCGUGUCCUAUAGCAAUAUUGUAGAUUAAUUCAUGUUCUUUAGAACCACGGUAGUUGUCCUGUUUUAUUUGGGAUGACUAACACCUUCUUGGCAAUCUGUCAUCCAUGGACUGGUUUAUGGUGGUCUUUAGGUGCCUUGAUCUAUGGUGAAUUUCUUAGAAUCUAUCAUUCAUGGACUUGAUCUAUGGUAAUAAACCAGGGUGUUUAGCUUGAAAGAGAAAGCAUAGAGAAGAGCUUUUAGUUGCACAAGAACUUAGCAACUCGAUUGUUAGUUGUUAGUCUCUCCUUUAUUUGCUUCACCCUGUCGAAUUUUAUAGGUGUUAGCUAUUUAGAGCCCGAGAAGUAUCGGGAAAAGACAGUCGUCCUUGUCUCAUAUCUUAUUAGUGACCAUAUUUGUAUUCAGUAUUGUCUGUUACUUAUAGGUAUUUAUUCAAAGGUUAAGUUUUUUUUCCCUCUAUUUUACUCUUUACUUAUACUAAUACCAUAUUCAAUGUCGUUCAAAGAAGCAUUGUUUGGGAGAGGAUGGUUACUAGGAAACAAUAAUAUUUCACAGUUCCUUUUGAUGCAGCUAAUUCUUCUUUAAGAGUUUUUAUCAUCAAAAUCAUGAGAAGGAUAAUAAUUUUUAAUGAGUUAUUUGCGACCAAAUCCCCUAUAUUUCACUUACGGCAACAACUAACCCUACUUUCUUUUUCUUUUUGUGGAAAAACCUCUCAAACUCUACUUUCCUUUGCAAAUUUAAUUCUGUCGUUAACAUCCUAUGUGGCUCUAACUUAUUUUGUCUAGGUCAUUUUUUAGUGUCAUGUUGUCUUUAAUAAAAUUACAUUAAAAUAAACAUUUAGGGUUAGAGUUUUUAUUUGAGUUUACAUUAAUUUUUAUUGGUUUUAUUAGAAUUUGAGUUUAUUGGAUAGUUCUUUGCUGUCUUAGCCUAUAUUGUUAGUUGUCAAUAGUUAAUAAACUUAACAUCUAGAUAUAUAAAGUCUAGUUGAAGCAUAACUGUGGACUUUUUUAAGUUGACUGAAGUCUUUGAUGAACAGGUCUAGUAGUUCAACUAGAGUUAUGUAGUUAAGUUCCCUCCCUAACUUUAUAAAUACAUAUUGUCUCAUCACAAUUGUAUACUUUAGAUAAUCAGACAAAUAAAAUUUCUUCUGAUUUAGAGACCUAAGGAGAAAGACUUAGUUGAUAGUAUUUUAUUAUUAAAUUGAAGUAAUUAUUGUGGAUCAAUUAUAUAUGUAUACCUAAUUAUCAUCUAUUGUUAUUGUAUUCUAUAUUAUAUACAAAUCAGGAUUUUAGAAUUAUUAAUUUUUCUAACAAUUAAGUUUUCACUAAUAUAGUUUUUCAGGUUUGUGUAUGAACAAAGAUCAUUUUGGGUUAUAUGAGACCAUUUGUUAAUUUUUUUCAAAAAACUUGUCAUCUUUUUUCUUUUUGGUUUUCCAUCAAAACGAUUCACAAAUGACUCAUUUGUUAAGUUUUCAUUAAUGUAUACACAAAAUUGAAAUUUUGGAUUAGAGAAAGUAGAUAAGUGGUUAAAAUUUGUAUUGAGUGUAUAAAUAAAUGUUACUAAAAUUAUAAUACUCAAUUGUGGGUAAUGUUAACAAAUAAUACAACAAUAAUAAGCUACAAUAAGCUACAAUAAUUAAUAGAUAACUGCAUGAAAUUUUUCAACCAAUAACUUUCAAAACAUUAUUAAGUUCAUAAUGAUGUAAGACACUUUUAAAGUAUUAAGCAUAAUAAGAUGUGGGAUACUUAUACUGAUAUUGUUAUUAGUAUAUUUUAAUAUCGAGUCUUAUAUAUUUUAAUUUAAUAAAUAAUAUGAAUAAUCACUAACUAAUUAUAUGAUAUAUUAUCAGUGUGGUAUUGGAAAUCUUAAGGUAUCAAAUAACAAUUUUUAUAGUAGUGAGCUAAUCUUUUAUUUAUACUAAUGAAAAUAGGUUUUUGGAAACCAUCUAAGAAAUUUUGUAGAAUUCUAAGUAUUCUUUUAAAAAUAUUUUUGGGUUCUUAUUUAGAGUAAAAUGUGGUAAUUUUUAAAAUUAGUAAAAGAAAAUGUGUAAUUUUAAAAAGAGUUUUUUUUUUUUUGAGCACAUGUGUUGGAUGGGCUCUAAGUAUGGGACUAGCCUGAGAAUCGGACUUGAUACAUUGUUAUAUUAUAAAAAUAAACUAGAGUUAGAAUCGGACUAGCCUUUCAUGCUCUCUUAAAUGAUGUAAACUAUUUGGUAUCUUUUUUCCUACGAGCACAGAUCACUCAUGUUAAACAAUCUGCUAAUACUUAUGGCCAUGUUUUGGCUAAGUAUGCUCUUACGGUGGAUACUGAUUGUUCUUGGUUGGAGGAAUUUCCACCUCCACUUAUGACUGUUAUUUAUGUAAUUUCUCACAAAUUAAUGUAAUAGUCUUUUUCUCAAAAAAAAAAAAAAAACCAAAAA